CAACGGUAGACUUUUCCCUAUCCAAGCGAAAUGGCCUCGGUUGAAUUUGCAUUUGUAUCGAAUGUGGAAUCACGGUUGAGCGGCAUUUGACAGAUCUGUGCAUUUACAAUGGUUUUGAUUAAGAAAAAAAAUGAAUAAUCAAAAUUGUUACUGAAAAAACCCAGGCCAUACACAGAAAAUGGUGAAAAGCGUUUGACAGACCGACUCUGCGAGAAAUACGUAUAAGGAAAUAAUAAGCUGCCUGUGAUUGCUGGUUUUGCUGCACGGAACGUCGGUGUCGCCGCUUUAUUAACGCUCUGCUGAUUCGAAAAAAAAUAAUACUUUGAUUUUGACAACAUUUGAUUAGGAUAAUUUUUUUAUAAGCCUCGAUACGCGUAGAAUUUUGACUGCAGAUUGAAUCACCUGCAGAACUGUUAGAUCAAGUAUUUUAAUCCUUUUAAUUUUUGGUUUCCAGAAGAUAUGGGAACGUAUGUGCGGCCUCUUCAUCAACUGCUGUGCCGAAUCGAAGAAGAUUACUUGAGUUUGACCAAUUUUUUUAUAAGCCUUGAUAUGCGUAGGGUUUUGUACUUUGAUUGCAGAUUGAAUCACCUGCGGAAGUGCUGGAACUGUUAUCGUUUAGGCCUUUCAAUAUUUUAGUUUCUAGAAGAUAUGGGAACGUAUGUGUUGCCUCUUCAUGAACUGCCGUGCCGAAUCGAAGAAGAUUACUUGAGUUUGACCAAAUUUUUUAUAAGCCUUGAUAUGCGUAGGGUUUUGUACUUUGAUUGCAGAUUGAAUCACCUGCGGAAGUGCUGGAACUGUUAACAUUUAGGCCUUUCAAUAUUUUAGUUUCUAGAAGACAUGGGAACGUUUGUGCUGCCUCUUCAUCAACUGCUUCACCAUCUUGCAUCAACUCGAAGAAGACUACCGAAUAAUACUUUGAAUUUGUCCAAACAACAAUGUAUUUUUCAGGAGAACUAUUUUGUAAAGCCUUGAUAUGCGUAGGGUUUUUUAUUUUGAUUUCAGAUUGGAUCAGCUGCAGUAGACCUGACGUUUAGGCCAUUUGUUGUUUUAUUUUCAGAAGAUAUGGGAUAUAAAAUAAGUUGACAUUCCGACUGAUGUUUGACCGACAGUCUAACGUUUUCUUUCAUGCCUGACGUAUAAGUGUUUAAUUUGUUUGCAGGUUGAUGCAGUGGCCCUUCGACGAAAUGACUAAAGCGUUGCGUUAAUUAAUGUUCUCUUGGUUUUCAAUGUUUUCAGAAGACGAGGGGGAUGUAAAUGGAGAAAUGAAAAGCUACCGUUUUGCUUGAUUUUGACCAGAAUCGGUUUUUAGCUUUCGGGUGAUAUAUGUUGCUAAUGUAUUUUUACAGUUAGAAAUGGUUAUUCCUGCGUACCAAUGGCUUUAGCGGAGGGGCUUACCAUAAAACAAAACACGGCUGUGAAGCAAAUCCAAUACACCACCAAAGGAGUCGAAGUAACUGCGACCAAAGCACGAGGAUCAGGAAAUACCGUGACAUACACAGGAGAUGUCGUCUUGUGCACUCUACCCCUUGGAGUUCUUAAACAGGCCGUGUCCGUAAACCCUCAGGCUCUUCCAAAUACGGUUCAAUUCGUUCCGCCACUGCCCGAUUGGAAAGUAUCCGCCAUACAGAGGCUUGGCUUCGGAAACUUGAACAAAGUUGUCCUCUGUUUCGAAAAGCAGUUUUGGGAUCCUGCUUCUAACCUGUUUGGCCAUGUCGGUAGCACGACUGCCAGUCGAGGCGAGCUGUUCUUAUUCUGGAAUAUAUACAAAUCUCCUGUCCUUCUGGCAUUGGUGGCAGGAGAAGCAGCCGCCAUCAUGGAGGAAGUAAGUGAUGACGUUAUAGUCGGGAGGUGCAUCGCAGUCCUCAAGGGAAUAUUCGGCAACGGGAACGUUCCACAGCCGAAAGAUACUGUCGUCACUCGAUGGAGGGUCGACCAAUGGGCGAGAGGAUCCUAUUCGUUUGUGGCAGUCGGUGCUUCCGGAUCUGACUACGAUGUACUUGCCGCACCAGUUUUUCCUCAGCCACCAACGCCUAAAAAUAAAAUUAUUCCAAGACUUUUCUUUGCGGGUGAACAUACCAUUAGAAAUUAUCCUGCAACCGUUCACGGCGCUUUUCUCAGUGGACUCAGAGAAGGAGGGAGGAUUGCAGACCAGUUUCUGGGUUGUCCGUACGAACUUAAACCUGCGAACGUAGGCCAUUAUGACUGAACAGAAAAGUUUUAUACGUUUAGCUUUGUCCCUUUUUUAUCUUAGACUUUAUUAGCUCACAGUGAAAAUAUUUCCCACUGCGGAAUACCUUUUAUUUUAUCACAUUACCUACAUACCUGUUAUUUAUCAUUUACUGAUUGCGUGUAAAAACUGUAUGUGAAAGUGAGUGCUGUAUUUAAAAUACUAUUUGAUGUAGGUAAAUAAAUUAUUUUUUUUGCCACGAACA